AUGCACACAUUUUCCGUUGCUAUUGUUCUUUGUGCCAGCAUCCUCGUGCAGGCUGCUACUUUACCUGCCCGUAGCUCUGAUGCUCAAGGACUCUAUCAUCGUGCCAUUGACUAUAACGAGGCUGUCUUUCGUCGUGAUACUAACAUCAACUUCGUAUCUCGCGGCGGCGAAGAAACGGACAACAACUUCCGUCGCGGAGGAGAGGAGACCGAUAACAAUUUCCGCCGUGGUGGUGAAGAGACUGAUAACAACUUCCGUCGCAGCGAGGAGGAAACCGACAACAAUUUCCGUCGCGGUGGAGAGGAGGUUGACAAUAACUUCCGCCGCGGUGGUGAGGAGACCGAUAACAAUUUCCGUCGUGAUGGAGAGGAGACUGACAAUAACUUCCGCCGCGGUGGUGAGGAAACCGACAACAAUUUCCGCCGUGGUGUUGAAGGCACCGUUUGA